UCAGUCCUCUUUUCUUGACAAGACAAGAGCACAUCCAACCGGAACCACCAUGAGCAAAUUAAUUCUAAUUGCAGGUCUUUGUCUGUCCUUUGCCAGUUUGGUGUCGUCCUCCAGAUUGGUGUGUUAUUUCACCAACUGGUCCCAAUACCGACCUGGUAAUGGGAAGUUUAUGCCUCAAAACAUUGAUCCAAACCUGUGUACCCACCUGAUCUAUGCCUUUUCUGGUAUUAACGAGGCAAAUGAGUUGGUCACCAUAAAAUCGAAUGAUGAUGAACUGUAUAAAUCUUUUAAUGGACUCAAACAGAGGAAUCCAAAUCUUAAAACACUGUUGGCAGUCGGAGGCUGGGACUUUGGAACACAGAAAUUCACAACAAUGGUGUCAACACAAGCCAACCGAAAUACAUUUAUCCAGUCUUCUGUCAAACUACUGAGAAAAUAUGGUUUUGAUGGACUUGAUUUGGACUGGGAAUACCCUGCGUCUAGAGGAAGCCCUCUGGAGGACAAACAGAGAUUCACACUGUUAUGCAAGGAUCUACUAGAGGCCUAUCAGGCUGAGGGAAAUGCAACUGGUCGGCCCAGAUUACUGGUCUCUGCUGCUGUGUCGGCUGGGAAAGGAACUAUUGAUGCUGCUUAUGAAAUCGCAGAGAUGGCAAAGUAUCUGGACUUUAUUAAUGUGAUGACGUAUGACUUUCAUGGCACCUGGGAGAGUGUGACAGGACAUAACAGUCCUUUGUACAAGGGAUCCCAAGACACCGGGGAUCAUGUUUACUUAAAUACUGACUUUGCCAUGAGAUAUUGGCGGGACAAGGGAACACCUGUAGAAAAGCUAAAUAUGGGAUUCGCGACAUAUGGGAGGACAUUUCGACUGUCUACUCAAUCCAGUCAGGUUGGAGCACCAACCAGUGGUCCUGCUGCUGCUGGUGUUUUUACAAGGGAAGCAGGUUUCUGGUCCUAUUUUGAGAUUUGCACUUUUCUUCAAAGGGCCACUGUCCAGCUAAUUGAGGAUCAGAAAGUUCCGUAUGCGUUCAAACAAAAUGAGUGGGUUGGAUAUGACAACAAAGAAAGUUAUAAGACUAAGGUUCGUUACCUGAAGGACAACAGAUUUGGAGGAGCUUUUGUCUGGGCUCUGGAUCUGGAUGACUUUAAUGGACAGUUCUGUGGACAGGGAAACUACCCCCUCAUCAGUUACCUCCGCUCUCUUGUAGCCCAGGAUCUUCCUCCCCUUCCCACUGGAGCGAUCACCCCAAAUCAAGUGACGCCGUCUACAAACAAACGUCCACCUAACACAACACCUGCUCCAAGACCAACAAUCCCUUCUUCAUCCACAUUCCAAGACAAUUUCUGUGCUACAAAGAUUGGUGGGCUUUAUGCCAAACCUGAUGCCCGAGGUUCCUAUUAUAGCUGUGCCAAUGGCAUCACCUGGAUCCUAAACUGCCCAGCUAAUUUGGUCUAUGACGAAAGCUGCAAGUGCUGUAACUGGCCCUAACCAUUCAACAAGUUAUAUAUAUAUGUUCAAAAGUGAGCAAAAACAUAUUCUUCACAAGUAUGAAUAAUUUGUUUAGAUAAUUUGACAAUUAAAUUAAAUUACCUCUGAGACCAUACGUUUUUUAAGUGAAAUUGAUUAUCUUAAAAUUGACUAUGAAUCUUUGAAACAGCACUGUGCCCUACAUUAAAACACAGUCAAUAUGUGUUAAUUCUGAUACAAAGCACCAAAUGAAACUGCAUUAAAAUAGUCACACAUGCAUUGAGUGGAUAUUGAACACAUUUUUUCAUGAUGAGUCACACUGACUCACACUGUUAGCACAAUACCACUGUCCUUAACGCAGCUGGAAAUCACUGGACAUUUGACUUUGCGCCUUUAUGGAUAAUUAAAGCACAUGUUUGUGGUACGGUAUUAAUUAUUAAUCUGACCACAUAGUUGUUUUUAGCAGCAAAAGCCCAAAGCAUAUUCACACGUCUUAGUUAGAUUCUCUAGGACCAGUUAACUAACUUGACGCCAACAGUCUGGGUGUUUUUCUCGAACUAAACAGACUAGCCCAACCAGUCUCAACAACAACUUCACUAAUUCCCAUUUCUGAGGAAAUGGAUUACCUUGUGAGCGUGGUUUGGUAACACAACUAUACAAGUUAAUACUAAAUUUGAGGGAAAGAAUAAAUUAAAUGGUACAAAUGAAAUAAUUUGAAGAGACAACUUGUUGAUAUGUGAUGAUAUGAUGUGAUGAUGUGUUUUAAGCUGAAUAGCUUUAAGAAGCUAUAACUGACUCUCUUCCACCAUUAUGAACAAAGUAAUUUCAUUAUAUGCUUUUUAUUUUCAACAGCAGUACUCCACAUUGUUACCCCUGCAGAGAAAUAGGAACAAACUACUGCUUCGCUUGAAUCAUUCUUUGCUGCUUGCUGUCAUGUAACUAUUUACUUAUGAUUAAUAAUGCACAAUGGGGUGAUUCAGACCGCUGUUAUUUCAAGGGCUAAAUCUAGAUUCAAAGCUGAUAACUAUUCAUCAAAAAAUGCCUGGAUUGGUACUGAUCUUAAAUACAAAGCAACUUAUGUGUGCAAGAAAGUCAGUGUACGGAGGGUAGGAGACGAUGUUGGGAGUCUGUUGUUCGUGUGCUGUGUGAAACCUUGGCUUUGUUGCCUAACUUACACACUUAACUUAUGCCAGUUCCAUAUAAAAGUGACUUUUAAAUUAAUUUCAUUGAUAUUGUUUCCAAAGCCAGUGUAGCCAAAUUAUACACCUUGUUAUUGUAAAAGAUGAACAGCCAAGGUCCCAGUUUGGAUCUUAUCUUACUUCCAAAAGCAUAACUUGUCAUAUAAAAAUACACUUUCAAAACAGGCGUCUUCUGUGAUUAAGUGGCGUGUAUGAAAUAUACCCAACUAAAAAUGUUUGUUUAGAACCAUGUAAAAUACAAUUUUUACUUCAAACUUUUAUUUUUUGCGCAAUGACAUCACACUAAACACUAUGAGUACCUCUGCUCAGAUAACUGGUGUUUUACCUGGUCUGUAAGUGCAAAGUAAUUAAGUCAUUAUCAUUAUCAUAAUUUGUCAGAGAUGUAACUAAAUGAUGAUGAUGAUGAUGAUGAUGAUGAUGAUGAUUGUCACGAU